AUGUCAGGAUCAUUCUUUUUACAUGAUAAUUGUAUUGAAAUAUCAAAAAAUUCAUCAUUAAGAAAGGAACUUAUUGCAUUUAUCAAAUUGAAAUUUGCAACAUAAACAAAAUAAGCAGAUAAUAAUAAUAAAACAAUGUAUUUUUAUUGUGAUCUACAUCCUUUUCUAAAUUUACCUAAUUAUUUAGGAUAUAUUAUUGGUUAUAAUCAUCCGCUUUUAAAAGAUUAAAUUUAAAUUGACCCAAAGAAACAUAAAAUAACAUAAGAUUAAGCUGAUAAAUAUUUAGAAACUGAUUUAGACUAAUUUGAAAUACAAUUAUAUGAUUUCUAUUAAAGAAAUAAUAGAAAAAUUGAAGAUAUUCCUGAAAACAUACGAAUGUUAAUGUUGUCAGUUCUUUUUAUUUUUAAAGAUUUUAAAACUGUUAAGAACUUAGCAUUUUUAUAAACAUUUAAUCAUCUCUAUAAGGAAAUUGCAAAAUUUUAAUAUCCAAAAAAAAAAGGUUUUAAUAUUUUGAAAACUCAUAUUGAAAAUGUUAAAGAUUUCUUUAAAGAUCGUUUUCAUAGAAAAGAUGGAACAGUUAGAUAAUAAAAUUUUAUAAAUGAUUUCAAGGAAGUUCCUUCCCAUAAAAAAAAGAGAUUUCAAAAUUAAAUUUCUUAAAUUUUUUAUUGCUCUUCUAAAUGUAUAAUUGUAAUUAAAAUAGUACAAUAAUUCAAUUACAAAUUAUCAUAAUAUUAUUUUUGA